GUUUAACAUCUAUUGCUAUGAUUUCAUCGGCUUUCCAAAAUUUUCCUGCAAACAAUUACCAACAAUAGGUUUAUUUAUUGUUGUAAAUUAUGGCCGAUUUAAUAAAAGUCGGCCAACGAGUCGAAGUUGGUAAUAAAGGAGACAGAAAUCCUGAAAAAGCAACAUCGGUAAAACGAGGAGUAAUUGCUUUUAUUGGAAAAACCAACUUUCAGACUGGAAAAUGGAUUGGGGUUGUUUUAGAGGAACCCAAAGGGAAGAACGAUGGUACUGUCGAAGGAGUAGAGUACUUUAAGUGUGACCCAAAUCAUGGCAUAUUUGUUAGAGAAAGCCAAGUAACGCCAAUAGACAAAGAUGGAAUGCCUAUAGCAGUAAAAACCUUCGAGCCACAGAUUUCGAAGAUUGCCAGGUCAAGGACAAGCACAGGAAUGAAAACCCAACCUACUUUUUCCAGAAUAUCGCUGGGAAGCUCCAGACAUUCUUUGGCUGGUAGUAGACAAUCGUUGGCAGGAAGCAGACAAUCUUUGGCUGGUAGUAGAAGCCAUUUGGCCUCACCAGCAACAGAAAAACCACCCGAAGGAGGAUCUUCAGAAGCCGCUGAUGCAGUCACAUCUCAAAUUCCGAAGAGAGCUUCAUUUGUUGAAACCGGUUUUGUGGAGACUUUAAAGCCCCAAUUCACCCCCGGGGCUGUUAUAACCACUACUCCCACUCCGGUUACUUCUAUGGAGGAGAAAAUCAGCUAUCUGCAGCUGCAACAGGAGCUGGAAAAUCGUAGCCAGCAAAUCAAGGACCUUGGCGAAAGAAUUGAAACUUUGAAAAUUCGCCGGCAAGAGGAUAAGGAACGACUCAAGGAUUAUGAUAAAUUAAAGAUUCAGCUGGAGCAACUGAUUGAGUUUAAAUCGAAAAUAAUGGAGGCUCAAAACAGUCUUCAGAGGGAACUGCAACGGGCGAAACAGGAGGCCAAAGAGGCCAUCGAGGCUCGGGAGGCUCAUGCCGAGGAGGUCGCUGACUUGGCCGAGGCGGUAGAAAUGGCCACACUCGAUAAAGAAAUGGCCGAGGAGAAGGUGGAGGUGCUGCAAGCAGAAUUGGAAGCCUGCAAGGAAAAAUUGGAGGAGGUUACUUUGGAUUUGCAAAUAUUGAAAACCGAAAUGGAGGAAAAGGCUUUAGGUACGAGUACAGGUGUCUCAGACGAUCAAGGAAUAUCUGCUUACGAAAUGAAACAGCUUCAGCAACAAAACGCGCGACUCAGAGAGACUUUGGUGAAACUCCGGGAUCUUUCUGCGCACGAUAAACACGAAUACCAAAAACUUAUCAAGGAAAUGGAUCAAAAACAAUCUGAAAUCACUGAGCUUGGAAAAACUAAAGAAAAACUUAGUUCUAGGUUAGAGGAUAUGGAGAGACAAGUUGCUGAUCUGCAAGAACAAGUUGAUGCGGCCUUGGGGGCAGAGGAGAUGGUGGUGAUAUUAGGAGAGCAAAAAUUAACUCUGGAAGAAAAAGUGGCCGAGUUGGAGGAGGAGGUGAGAGAAUUGGAGGCGUUGCAGGAUAUGAAUGAUCAAUUGGUGGAAAGUAAUGCAGAAUUGGAAGCGGAUUUAAGGGAGGAAUUGGAUAUGGCCAUGGCUGCUAUCAGAGAGGCAAAACGAGAAAGAGACGCCGCAUUAGAAACCAUUGCAGAUAGAGAAUCAACGAUUAACAAAUUUAGAGGAUUGGUGCAACAGCUACAAGAUCAAUCGAUAAACCUGCAGGCUCAGCUUGAAAAAGAAACCAGCAAACCGAUUAAAUCUUUACCAGAAAUCGUUGAUUUUAAGAAGAUGUUUACUGAAACCAAAGCCCAUACAAAAGCGAUUGACUUAGAACUUCGUAGCAUCGACGUACAGCAGCUGCAACAGCACAUAAAAUAUUUAAGCUCCUAUAUGCCGGAUUCUUUUAUGAAUCGGGGUGGGGAUCACGACGCAGUUUUAGUUCUUUUAUUAAUCCCGCGAUUAAUUCACAAAUCUGAAAUCUUACUGGGACAAAUUAAAGAUAAAUUUCCGACAGCGGAUAAAGUGGAUCGAGCGGGUGUUUUAAAGGGACACGUGGUGGAACAGUAUUCGUUCCGAUGUAGGAUGAGUUAUUUCAUAUUUGCUUUACAGACUAUUUUACAUCAAUACUACUAUAGCCUAAACACAUGUAAACCGGAAACCCUUCUAAAAGUGGGUUCAACGUAUCCAGAAAUGGCCGCCCAGGAGAAAAUCGUUGACGGUUUCGUAGAUUUGGUAAAACGCGACCAGUUGGAUGAAAAUGUGUCCCUAGAAUCCUUAGAGAAGUGUUUUAAUUAUUUUAAAACACUUUAUCCUGUUUUGCUUGGAGGUGAAGAGAAACUGAACCAGAACCAGUUGAGUAGCGAUUAUGUGAAACUGUUGCUUUGUGCCGUUGAUGGGUUUAGUAUUGACGCCGCUGUAGUAAGGUGUCUUUCUGAGAGCGGAAGUGUGGGUGACAUCUGCCUCUUAGCUCAACACGUCAUCAGCACAUCCGAACAAAUCCAACAACAGCUUAAACUAGCCAAGCGUCGCUUACCCACCGAUGUAAACGUAACCAAUUUAGGUUUAGAUCAAGCUGUUAUAGACAGUUUAAGCCAAUGUUACCAACAUGCGGGCAAAAUACUAAAAACUAUGUAUCAUAUUGCUAAACCUGCCAGUCUAGCUUUGGCUACAAGUGGAGAAAAUGAAAAAGGUUUGUCAGAAGAAAAAUUGAAAGAAAUAGCGAUGAAUGCCAGUGACAGGGUUUAUCAAGAAGACGACUUGGGUCCCAUUCAAAGUAUCAAGGCUUCCCUCGCACUUCUUUUGAGUCAAACUACCGCUUUUGCUAAGGUGUUGCAAGAUAACGAGGCACAAUUUAUUCUCAGCAAAGAGGAAAAGCCCAUUCCCCCAAUCACCACAAGAGCGGAAACAGUAAAAAAAGAGCUGGAACAAACCAAAACUUUAACCAGCAAGUUGGAAAACAAGGAAUCCGAUAUUAAAGAGCUAAAAAAGCUCAUCAAAGAAAAACAAGAACAACUCUCCGAAAUGACUAUAAGAAAAGAGUUGGCGGAGAAGAAACUCGGCAACGUUAAUAACGAUUAUAAGCUGACCAUAGAAAAGUUGCAAAGAAAAUUGGAGGAGGCGCACAACUACUACAAAAAGAAGGAGAAGGAGUUUGAGGAGACAUUGGACCAUUUGCAGACCGACAUCGAUUCCUUGGAAAAUGAAAAGGGUGAAAUGAAGGAGAAGAUGAAGUUGUUAACGAAGAAAGCCCAGAUGGAAACGAGCUUGAAUAAAAACUUACCAGGCUCGGCUUUUCCAUCCAUGCAAUCAUCUCUGGGUCCGAAUCUGCCCGCUGUUGUAAAAGAUUCUCCAAUGUUAGUCCAAGAAAUAGAAACCUUACGGAAAUUAUUUCACAAAGAGCGAAACGAUCGAAUUAAACUGCAAAACGAGAAAUUAAAGCAACAGUUAGAUAGUUUGGCUCCGCUGCCGUCAUUUAAAAGCGUCAGGGAUGAGGUUAUCGAAGAGCUAUUUAAGGAGGGUGCCACCUUAAAACAGGAAAUUUUGAUGUCACUGGCAAAACCAGUGUUUCCGGCCAUAUACAAAGUAUCGCCGGAAAAACGCCAAGCUGAAUGGAUCCGCCAUUUCGCUGAAGAACAGAACAAAAUGGCCGAGUUGAGACGGAGAUCUGAAGAUUUCCAGAAUCGUGUUGCCAAAGAAACCGUUAAGAGAAAAUAUGGCGGCAGAAUCGAUGCUGAUUUCGAUGUGUUUCCUACGAGGCAGUUGGUCAAGGCAAUGAAGGAAACGGAAGCCGUAAACAUCGGAUUCAUAAAAAUCCCGAAAUCCCAAUUAGGCCCCGGACAACAUCCAGGAAUUGUAAAUUUAGAUGUGGAUUUAAAAAAUUUACAAACUAUUUUGCAAACCCUGUGUUAAUAUUUUCAAUUAUAAAUUGUUAUAUUAAAGCUUCUUCUGUCGAUAAUAAUGCGUUAGAAUAAUCUAUAUUAUUAAUAGUACGUCUUAGAAAUUAUAUUUUAAAUAUCGUUUUUUUUCUAUUUUAAUUGAUGAAAGUUAAUACUUACCAUUCUACUGAUUUAAUGGCUAAGAUAUAUUACUGCAUGCUUUAAACGGUAUUAAUUUCUUAUUUGUUCUCUAAAAUACAUUGUUUAAUAUUAUUUUUUAAAAAACAUGUCUAUUUAUAAAG